CUUUCAGACUCUAAACUCUAGAAGAUGUGUAUGCUAUAACUAUUUCAACUUUUAGUCAAUAAUUUAGUUAUUUAUAAUGAAGUGGUGGAAAAAUUUUUCAUUUAGCAGCAGAGAAAUGCUCAAGCUGCUGAGCAUUGCUGGAACUGCUGGAAGCAUUGGCUAUGCUUCAGCUCUUCAUCACGCAGCUAUUGAUGACCAAAGAAGGAAGUAUGAUGAUUCUGUAUUUCAAGUGGAAAGAGAUGAAUCAGUAGCUGUGUUUCCUCCAUCUCUGUUCUCACGAGUGUCUGCAGCAACAAAAGUAAAAGACUCCUUGAUUAUCCAUCAGGCAAAUGUGAUUCCUGAACCAUCUCAAAAUGCUCCCAGAAUUUCUCAGAUCAUGCGUUAUGGCUUCCCCAGCUUAUCCAACAUCCGUUCUUUAGAUGACUUUGUAUUAGCCUAUGACACACGCUUGAGGAUUCCACAGUGGGUGUUCGAACACCUCACUCCAGCCUCGGUGGCUAAAAAUGAUCAAGUGGACCGUUCAAAAUGUGACUUCCAUGAAGAUGGUUCAGUGCAUCAAUACUUCAGGUUUGUUCAAAAUGUGACUUUCAUGAAGAUGGUUCAGUGCAUCAAUAUUUCAGGUCUGUUCAAAAUGACUUUUUGACAGGUUGGCAAAGGUUUUAACCGCGACAAAUGGAAUGAAUUAGAGCAAUACUGUCGGAAACUGGUGCGUCAGAGCCGCAAUGUGUACGUGUGCACUGGACCGCUGUUCCUGCCUCGCAAGGCUGAUGAUGGCAAGCUUUAUGUCAACUAUCGGGUGCUGGGUGAUAACCACGUCGCUGUCCCCACACAUUUCUUUAAAGUUGUUGUAUGCGAGAGUGAGUCUGGCGAACUCUCCAUGGAGUCAUUUUUGAUGCCUAACGCCGCCAUUGAUGACGCCGUCCCACUGAAGACUUUCCACGUUCCGUCCGAGGUUAUAGAGAGGGCUUCUGGGCUGCUGCUCUUCGACCAACUUAACAAGAAACAAUUCAAACUAAUUAAUGGAAAAAGUGCUGCAUGGAUUUAGUUUAUGCUAACGGUCAUUGUUACCGAUAAAAUAUUGUUCACGACAAUUAAUUCUGACUAGAAUUGAAAUAUGGAGCGUAAAUUUAAAAUGGAGCGUAAAUGGGUGAGCGCACUGAUCACACGCUAUAUUUGGCCACUCUACGUUUGUACUCAAACAUGAAUUUGAUAUGAAGUAUCUCAGCUAUGUCAAAUUCUCUGCAUUGCGAAAGUUAUCCUUAUGUUGAAAAAAUCGUAGGAAAUUGUACUAUCCUUUCUGCCAAUUAGUAUCACAAUAGCCGAAGUGAGACGUUAUGUGAGCAAGUGAAGCCUCGAUUGUUCUGCUCCUUAGACUAGGUACCCUUGUUAAACUUCUGUGUAACUGUGCCUCGCUGGCAGACUGUGGGGAUUCUUGAUGUCAAUUUGUACGUGAAAAUUCUUUGUGCAACAAUUUAUAUAUAAUUCAAAUCUUGUGAAACCAGUGUACGUUAAGAGACUGAUUCUUGUACGCGAAAAUGUUAUGAAUUUUACAUGCCACAUUCUUUCAGCUUAUAUUAUAGAGCACGGUAGAAGUACAGUGUGGUAAAUUAAAUUGUAGUCAAAUAAUGGAAGGUGCUCUUCCAUGACGAUUGACGUCCGAGUCUUAGCUAUGUAUUUGUAAUUUAAAAACACGAAUGUACUCUAUUAGGAAUUGUUAUUUAUUAUUAUAUAUUUAGAACAUUUUAAUGCGUUGUCAUUGUGUCUGGAACCUGCCUGUUGCCAUGAAUAUAUUGGAGUAUUCGAACGCGUCGCCACAUAUCGGCGUCUUAUCGUGUAGGGAUAUUAUUUUGGCCUAAAAUUAUAAUAUUAUGUAA